UAGAAUGUCUUGAGUAUAAUCCAGUUACUAGUACAGCUAAUAUUAAAAUACAAGUAACUGUCCUUUAUCACUCUCAAUCAAAAAGGUUUGAAAAAUAUUUAGGUCUUUUCAGAUCUUAUAUUAAAUUAAAUAAUACCUACCUUAUUUCUGGGCUUAUCAAGUUUUCAAAAUCGGGAAAAAUUAUGGUAGAGGCAACUGAAAUUGAUCAGUUAACAACCUUAAAUAAUACUAUGCUUGAAAGUUCUUCUUUGACACUAUCUGGCACUAGAUCAAUUAUUGACAUUAUCACUGAUAAUAUUGAAUCUCGAAACCAAGAACCUAUGACUUCAGUUAAAUAUAAUAUUAGUGCUACUUAUGAAGACCCAGAAGUUAGUAAUAAUACAAAAAGUAGUCCGUCUCAUGAAACAAAAAAAAAUUGUCAAACGAACUUUGCCAAUCCGCCUCAUGAAACAAAAGAAAAUUGUCAAAUGAACUUUACCAAUUCAGGCACUCUAGAAAAUAAAAAAGAAAAACAAUCAAAUUACGAAGAUAAAGAAAUUAUUAACUUAGAUGAAGAUGAAAGUACAGAAAAUGAGUAUGAAGAGCGUAAAGAAAAUUAUCAACCUAAGAGAAAAAAAAAAAUUAUUGAAGCGAACAAUAAGGGGAAAAAAAGAAAGUAA